AUGAAGUCAGUCCUCAUCGCCGCCGUCCUCGCUUCGGCUGGUGCCCUGGCGCAGAGCCCUCUGCCUUCGUGCGCUCAAUCUUGCGCCUUGAACAUUCUCGCCUCCAGCGGCUGUGGUUCCACUGACGUUGCCUGCGUCUGCAAGUCCAAGGUCUUUGUCGAAGGCUACACUUCCUGUGUGACCAAGGCUUGCAGCUCCGAAGACGCCGCCAAGGCCGAGCAAUACGGCGUUCAACUGUGCGGCUCUGCUGGCGUGAGCGUUGGCGGGGAGGCCCCGGCCACCGAAGCUCCUGCGGCUUCGAGUGAAGCACCCUCAGCGCCCUCGACUCCGACUGAAGCCCCUUCGGCUCCUUCCGCCCCGGCUGUCCCGUCUGCUCCUGAAGCACCAUCCGCGCCAUCCGCUCCCUCUCCGCCUUAUCCCCCCAAGCCCUCUGAGGAGGUCCCACCUGUUGUUCCUCCCGAGUCCAAGCCCGCCGAAGUGCCUACCGCUCCAGCUACUCCUGCCACACCUACGGCCGUCGUUCCAACUGCUGGUGCCGGAAUUGUCCAGGUCUCGAACGCGGUUAUCCUCUCAGUCGGACUCUCGAUGAUGCUGGUUCUACUAAACUAA